AACCACUCCUACACAUCCAACUCUUCCAAAUUGAUAUAUGACAAUAUCUACUUUCGAUCACGUGUCUGCGGGGCGACUUAGACGGAUUGCGCGUCAUCUCGCCUUCCCAAAUUUUCCCCUUCUGCUGCAGCUCGUAUCCAAAACAUCUAUCUAUAGUACGGAGUACGAGAGAGAGAGAAAGAUGUUUAACUCUGUGAAUCUGGGCAACUUCUGCUCCCAGACGCGCAAAGACCGGACAUCCGAGUUUGGGGACAGGACGGGCUGCGCGUCCAACAUCUACCUCCCCAGCUGCACCUACUACGUCCCCGAGUUUUCUGCCGUCUCCUCGUUUCUUCCACAGGCCCCGUCCCGGCAAAUCAGCUACCCUUAUUCCACAAAUCUGUCUCAAGUGCAGCCGGUACGGGAAGUUUCAUACGGCUUGGACGCUGCCAGCAAAUGGCACCACAGAAGCAAUUAUGCAUCGUGCUACUCGGGAGAGGAUCUGGUGCAUAGGGACUGUCUUCCACCAUCCACCAUGACAGAAAUGCUUAUGAAGAACGAGAGCGUGUACAGCCACCACCAUCACCAUCACACCCACCCGGGCUCCAAUCACCCCUCCACAGGUUUUUACUCCGGCGUGGGGAAAAACAGCGUCCUCCCGCAAGGUUUCGACCGCUUUUUCGAGACCGCAUACUGCAGCAGCACGGACAAUCAGUCAGACAAUUGUUUACAAAAGGGCGAGGGGGGAAAGCUGGACGGCGACUCCGAGCAGGAGCAGCAGCAGCAGCCACAACCCGCAGCCUCGGUACCCGGAGCCCCGGAGCAGGAAAAAGAUCCAGACGAUGAGGAGGAACAUACAAAUUCAGGCUCAUGCACGUCUUCUUCCGCGACAACCAAGGACGGCACCGCCAGCAAGAGCAGCCACUCGAGCACUCCUCGCACAAGGAAGAAGAGGUGUCCAUACUCCAAGUUUCAGAUUCGAGAGCUGGAGCGGGAAUUCUUCUUCAACGUUUACAUCAACAAAGAGAAAAGGCUUCAGCUGUCCCGAAUGCUGAACCUCACCGACCGCCAGGUUAAAAUCUGGUUUCAGAAUAGAAGAAUGAAAGAGAAGAAGCUGAGCAGGGAUCGCCUGCAGUACUUCUCUGGAAACCCCCUCUUGUGAGCAGGAGCAGAAAGUGUCACAGUGUUUGUUCGGUGACAUGAAGGCCUCCUCUAAUCUCACUGAGGGCAUCACCAUUUUCUAAAGGAGCCCAUAUCACCAACAGUGCAAUGUUAAAAGUGGACAGUGGGAGGAACAGGCCAGCAUGGGAUAAAGUCGCCAUUUUCUUAUUACCCUGCGGGCGGCGAAGAAUUUCUAGCUGAUCUCCCCCCCCCCAGAAAGGCCUACGUGGUUAGAAUAAUCAUUUAUAUGCUGUUCUUGAAUAUGUCCCUCUAUUUAUCACGAUUCUCCAUUGUGUUUAUUCUAUUGUUCAUAUAGACAUAUUUGUUAAUAAUAUCAAAUGUAUCAAAAACCAGUUUGAAUCCCUCUUGCGCGGACAACUUUUCGCUCUCUCUCUCACUCCCCACUUCUUCCCUCUGGUCUUUGUAUAUAGCAAAUCAGUAUCUAAUUAUUUCUCGGCCAGAGUAUAUGAACAAGUUAUAGAAGAUCUCCAGGCUGCAUUUUGUUUGCCAGUGAGAACUGUGACGUCCAAUCUGUGAAAGUAUACCCCCUCCCUGUACAGAGUAGCCUAUGCAAUGUGCAUUCGUGACUGUAAAUAGGCGUAUGUUGAAUUACCUUUUCCCCCUCAUCCCUGCUGCUUGCCCUUUUUCAAUACAGUGCCCCCACAACUUUAAACAGCUUUAACACUCGUUAAAUUAUUUGCUUGAGACAUUGGUGCUUUGGAUUCCACAGAAGAGGAGCAGAUCGUCGGCCUGUGUAUCAUUAAUAUAAUACCUAUGAAAUAAACAGAAACGUAUAGGCAAAACUCAA